UUUUUCUCGAAAUUCUAGAUAGAGUCCACCACAUCCAAAAUUUAACUGAAGCUGAAGAGAAGAUGUCUGCAAGCUCAACACCGAUCAUGGUUAAGAAACAGUCUACUGAGAUGAAGCUCGUACAUACGAAGGACAACAGACUUACCCCAAGCAAAUCUCCAUCUGAUAACCGUGUCACUAAGAUCAUUAAGACCAGCCCCUCUGUUCCAAAGUCAGUUAUUAGGGAACCACCUCCAAAACAAGAGUCAGACAUUACCUGUGCUAAACCCAUCGUGAUACCAACCAUUCCAAACCUGCUGUCAAUAAUUAAAGGACAGUCAACGUUGUCUCAGUUCUUCUCUGGCACACUUCCGCCUCUCUCCUCUGCUCAACCCAGCAAGCCCAGGCCCAUAAUCCCUCAGCCUAAAAAGUCCACGGUCCAUCCACACACAUACUCCACAACUUCUCAAUCCAGCAAGAUCCCUCCUACACACUCCACUGCUGCCCACUCCACAAGCACACACUCCACUGCCCCUCAGCGUACCAAGCCCAUCAUGAUGCACAACAACUUUUCAGUCUCCCAGAAGAUUACACAGUCGACAUUUAACUCGAAUCCAAAUCCAUUUCAAAAGCACCAAAAGGAAAUACCCUUAACAAAAAAGCCACUGACCCCCAAAAAUAGAAAAGGGCACUCUAAAGCAAGCAGCUCUCUAGCACUGCCAACUGGAAGCAGCUCGAAGGACGAAGACACCCUCCAACCUCCGAAGGCAAAGAAGGCCAAGAUAACGAAUGCCCCUGGUCUACCCAUGUCCAGAGUCAGGACCAUCAUGAAAACACACGUCCAAUCUAACCAGAACUCAGUGAAUAUUGGUCAGGAGUCAGUGGCUGUCAUUGCAAGAGCAGCUGAACUGUUUAUUGCUGAGCUAGGGAGACGAUCUCAGAAACAAACCAAAGAAGAGAAGACAGUAACCUACACCCACUUAGCCCAAGCUGUGCAGCAGAGCCAGGACAUGCACUUCUUACAUGCAGUGGUGCCCAAGAAAGUUCUAGCCAAAGACUAUCUCACCCCGUCUUGUAAUGGCGGUCAUUCUACAGACUAGACUGUUAAUUAUUGUACACACAUUCUUUGUAUUUAUCAGUUAGUUGUGUUCGUUUAUAUAUUUAAACAAAUUGUUGGUGGUUUUUUGAGCAAAUAUAAUCAGCUUUUGGUUA